ACUCUGGACAAAAUAGCGAUUAUAUUUUCGACCUUGAUUUUAUUUGUUGACAAAGAAAAUUCGAAGUUUAUGAUUUCUAUUUGCAACUAAAUAAUUACAGUCAGAAUGAAUAGGUACUAGUGGAAACGGUUUGAUAAUUAGUCAUGCCAGGUUUAGAAGAAAGUAUUUCACGCGAUACCAGUCCACCUACGCACAGCCUAAUGUCCGAUGGAAUCGUCUCUGAGCAAGUGAAAAAAUUUUUGUUUACUUCUCGUAAGACUCAGGACAACAUACAGUGCAACGAGAGUUUAGAGAUUUAUAUCCUCGAGUUACUUCAAGCUAAUUAUAGUUUUUAUACAUGGCCUUCUGCACCUGUGUUAGCUUGGUUUCUUUGGGAACAUAAAGAAGAACUUAUUGGGAAGAGAGUUUUAGAACUUGGUUCAGGUACAGCUCUUCCUGGAAUUUUAGCUAGUAAAUGUGGUGCUAUUGUAACUUUAAGCGAUUCUGCUAGUUUUCCUAGAAGUCUACAGCAUAUAAGAAGAAGUUGCGAAUUAAAUGGUAUUUUAUCUCAAGUUCAAAUUGUUGGCAUUACGUGGGGUCUAUUUUUAUCCAGUUUAUUUUCAAUUGGGCCAUUAGAUUUAAUUCUUGGUUCUGAUUGUUUUUAUGAACCAGCGUUAUUCGAAGAUAUAGUUGUUACAGUAGCAUUUUUAUUAGAGAGAAAUCCAAAUGCAAAAUUCUUGUGUACCUAUCAUGAAAGAAGUGCAGAUUGGUCUAUUGAACAUCUAUUAAAUAAAUGGAAUCUUACCUGCACUCAUAUAUCAUUGGCUGGACUCGGAACAGAUUCUGAUAUAAACAUACAUGAAUUAAUGCAAGAUCAUACAAUUCACUUAUUAAGUAUACAGCGUGCAGCUUAA